CCUCCCUGUGUAGAGACCUGUGCCGCCGACGCCAAAGCGGCAAGCCGGCAAACCUGCUUCUCAUCCCUCCAACCCCCCAAUGCCGCCGGCGAACCUCACCCCGACUAAAUGGCCCAAGAACCUCACCGCCGAACACCUCCACCGCCUUGUCCGCGCCGAGCGUGAUCCCCGCCGCGCGCUCGCCCUCUUCGACGCGGCCACCGCCGCGCCCGUCUCCACUUCCGCGCCCACACAAAUCCUCCCCUCCCCGGACACCGUCUCCCUCCUCACCUCCCGCCUCGCCUCCGCCGGCCUCCUCCCCCUCGCCACCUCCCUCCUCUCCCGCUCGCGCGCGCUCUUCCCCUCCAACCAUCUCCCCCUCGCCCACUCCCUCCUCGCCGACAUGCGCGCCGCCGGCUUCGGCCCCACCACCGCCACCUACAACGUCCUCCUCAAGGCCCACUGCUCUGAUGCCGACGCUCCUAUCGACCACGCGGUCCGCCUUUUCCGCAACAUCCCCAAACCUGACGCCUGCUCCUACAACACCGUCAUCGACGGGCUCUGCCGCCGCAGCCGCAGGGCCGAGGCCCAGGAGCUGUUCUCCGAGAUGGUAGAAAAUGGCGUUGCGCCCACAGUGGUUACUUACACGACUAUCAUCAAUUGGCUCGCACGGGAGGGCUGCUUGGACGAUGCACUGGAGAUGUUUGACGAAAUGGGAAGGAGAGGUAUUGCACCCAAUGUUAUUACAUAUAGUUCUCUGAUUGAUGGUUUGUGCAAGGGUGGGCGUGCAUCAUCAGCACUGGACUUGUUGGAGAGGUUGACCAAGGAGGUGAAGCUGCCAAAUACAAUCAUAUAUAGUUCUGUCAUUAAUGGCCUCUGUAAGGAGGGCCUGCUGAGGGAGGCAAUGGAGGUUUUGGACCGGAUGCGUCUCCAGGGGAGGAAGCCUGAUGCUGGAUUGUUUGGGAAGCUCAUUGUUGGGCUGUCUGAUGCAGGAAGGGCUGUGGAGGCUGCAAAUUACUUGGAUGAGAUGGUUCUUGCUGGCGUUCAACCGAACCGGGUGACUUGGAGCCUUCAUGUCAGGAUAAACGUUGCAGUGGUGACAGCAUUAUGUGUUAAGGGUGAAGUUGGGAGGGCUUUCCAGGUGUACCAGAGCAUGAGGACUCGUGGCAUUUCUACCGAGCCAAGCAUUUUCCAUCUCCUGGUUGAGUUCUUCUGCAAAAAGAACCAUUUGGAGAAAGCAGCUUGUGUUGUGCUUGACAUGUUGUCAGAGAGGUGCAUCCCUGAGAGGGAAACAUGGGAUGUUAUUGUCAGCGGGUAUUGGAGUAAGAAGAAAGUCAGACAAGAAGCUGAGCAAAUAUGGAACCAAUUAGCAGUUAUCUGAUUGAAAAUAAAAAUAAAUGUUGUGCUACACUGUGCUGGUCGGACCCUUCCCCGGACUCUGCAUAAGCGGGAGCUACAUGCACCAGGCUGUCCCCCUGCUACACUGUGCUGGUACAUGAUCCGCCUAAGACUUAUCAAGCAAAAAUUGUGAACCGACACACUUGUUCCGUCAUGGGGUUGCACAAGUGAGAGAGUUUUGCUACCAAACCCCUUAAACUCCAGUGCUUCCAUGUCCAGGAUAUGCGAAGUACUAAUAUUUAUUGUAUGAAUAAUUUUUGAAGUGACAAGCAUGCGGGCAGUGUUCAGGAAUUAGAGCAACCAAAUCUUUUGAAGACCCAGCUACUGUGGAGAGACUGGGAAGCCAAUGCCAUGGUGGGUGGUUGGGAAGCUAACAAACAGCAUGCUUCCAAUAACUCCAAUAGCAACUGGCAAUGUUGUGAGAACUUGCUUUGUGUCCUCUGAUGGUAUUGGAUAAAAGCAAGAUGCCACAUUCUGGUCAAAUAGGGCGAUUGCAACAAAAAUCACUGCUGAGACAGUUGCAUGGAAAAAGUCUAGAAAUGUUAUCUUAUAUUCAACCGCAGCGUGUGGAUCAAGAGUAACUCCACCAUCAAUGGCCACAAUCCCUUGAACGUGGCAAACCCGUAUCGUACCUUUCCGUUCUCAUCCCUGAAGCUAUCUGUGAAGGUAACAACAAAGAACGAGAGUGCACAGAGCACCACAAGCCCUCCCGUCAUCAUCCGAUCCAAGUCACCACAGUGGCCUUGUUUAGCCAUGGUUGGAGCCAGCAGCUGGAAGGCAAGCACGGUGCCUGAUGGAAGGAGUUUGGCGAGGUGCCCGGUGCUCUGGUAUGCCUGUCUGAUUGCUUUCUGCACGGGGCUCAUGUUGUCAGUGCCAUCAGUUCUGUUGGACAAAAGCGGAUGGCUCUGAUCCUUCUGCAAUUCCAUGUCCGGCUGUGUAGCAGUCAUUGCUGCUCGUGCCCUCUUUGUUUGCUUCCUUUAACAGGUCUUUGAGGAUGUAGUAUGAGGAAAGAGAAGAUGGGGCCUGUAGUAGGGAUUUGAAGGAAUGAAGCCGGUGACCGGCUUCUAUUUGCCGCCCAUUUUGGAUUGCUUGCAAGAAAAAGAAGCAAAAACUGAAGGCAAGCUGGGAUCCUGGGUUGCAGUUUCUGGCGAGAAAAACAUGGGGGUUGGUGGUGCUGCUGUUUCUCUGUUGUGUUCUAGCUGUUGUAAAAGCAAGUUUAGGUAACAGAAGGAACCAUAGUUAUUCUGGGUCUAAUUUUUCGUCCGUUAUGCCUUGUGGUGAUUACGCAAGUGCAUGCUGUUACUAACCAGAGGUGUGCCUAAGAGCAAGCAACUCUAGCAGAUUCUAAAAAAAAGCAGCCUCUAAAACGGAUUGGAGUGCACUCCGAAAUCUUUUGGAGGCUCAAAAGCAGUCGUGCAAAUUUAGAUAUUGUAAAGUACUCCUUCCCUCCCAUAGUAUAAGAGCGUUUUUUACACUACAUUAAUAAAAACGCACUUAUAUUAUGGACAGAGGGAGUAUUUCUUUACCGAGGGGGUAGCUUCUAAAAUUCUGUCAUGUCAUGGGACCCACUUGUCACUGGGAUUCCCUUUUCCUUUUUCUCUGGAAGAAAAAACCCAUGCCCGGACUCGAGCACCCUGUAUAGUGAGAAUCUG